GUUCUCUCUCUUACAGCAUCUUCCUUAUUUGCUCACACAUCCCUGUCUGACUCUGUCUCUUUCUUUUAUUACCCCAUUAUUAGUUUGUUGGGGAGCUGCAGUCAAGUUGGACGCCAGCAUGACUGUUUCUGUCGCCGGAAAGUAGACUCGGGCACCUUCUGGAGUCAAUUAAAAAGCGAUCUCAUCCAUGAAGCUAUAGCUGCUUCAAUUCCUCAUUCUCCAACAUGUUUGCUUCUUCUUCUUCAUCACCACUACUCGUAUUUCCAAUUUUAAUCAUUUGCUCCGCUGCUUUUGCAUUCGUCGGCGCCACCGCUCGCACCACUCUACUCCCCGAAAGUGAAGUGAAAGCACUGCAGCAAAUAGGGAAGAGUCUGGGGAAGACAGAUUGGAAUUUCAGCGCAGAUCCGUGCGGAGGAGAGUGGGGAUGGAUUUCUCAACGAAAUGAUAGUUUCGAGAAUGCUCUCAACUGCAGUUGGCCAUCCUCCAUUAAUGAUACUGUUCCUCACGUCGUCAGCAUAGUUCUGAAGGGUCAAAGUCUUCCGGGCACUCUUCCAAAAGAAUUGGUGAAGCUACCUUACCUACAACAAAUCGACCUCACACGCAACUACCUUUCCGGCACAAUUCCUCCAGAAUGGGGUUCAUUGCCUCUGGUGAACAUCUCCCUUCUUGGAAACCGAUUAACUGGUUCGAUCCCGAAAGAGAUUGGAAGCAUCAGCACUCUCGAGAGCUUUGUGGUGGAGUUCAAUCAGCUUUCAGGAGUUAUUCCGCGGGAGCUCGGGAACCUUUCCAGCAUAAAAAGAUUGUUUUUGACCUCGAACAAUUUUACUGGGGAGCUGCCUGGGACAUUUGCAAAAUUAACCACAUUGAACGACUUCCGGAUCUCUGAUAAUUAUUUCACAGGAAGCAUACCCAAUUUUAUUCAGAACUGGGCAAAUCUUAGCAGAUUAGUGAUUCAAGCCAGUGGUUUGGAAGGGCCAAUUCCCCCUGGCAUUUCUCUUUUGGAAAAGAUAACAGACUUGAGGAUCAGUGACCUAAAUGGAACAGAAGAAUUGUUUCCACCAUUGAGUAAUGCCAAAAAUUUGAAAAUAUUAGUAUUGAGGAGUUGCAAUAUCAUAGGACCAUUACCUGAGUAUCUUGUAGACAUGGUGGAACUGAAAACCUUGUAUUUUUUGAACCCACAAUUUCUUUAUGUUGCCCCACCCUCUCCUGAAGUUGCUAGAGAAGUCAUGGAUGGAGUUAAAAAAGUGAUAACCAAGUUGGUACCCGAUAUAGAUACUCAAAUUCGGGCUAUUAAUCAAUUGUUGUUAUAUCGAGAUAGGAAGGAGACUUUUGGAACCCCGUUGGCUCAAAGGGCAGUGAAACAAACAAAUCCUGCUGAAUGGUGGAUUCAUUAUGGCUUGUGUGCUCCUGAGCUCCAAAGAAUAGCAAUUAGAGUUCUUAGCCAGACCACAUCAGCUUCGAACUGUGAGCGUAAUUGGAGCACCUUUAGCCUCAUCUAUACGAAAACAAGAAAUAGAUUAAAGUACAUGAGACUACAAAAACUUGUUUUCGUACAUUACAACAUGAGGUUAAAGUUAAGACGUACAAUGAGAAGAAGCCAACGAGAAAUUGAAGAGGGUUUCAAUCCUAUCAAUUUGAACUACAUUUUCGAAGAAGAUGAUCCUUUAAGUCAAUUGUUAGAGGAGAGAGAGACACCACUACUCGACGGUCAGGACAAUUCAAAUUGGUUAAAUGAAGAAGUUGGUCGUACUACAGAAGGAGGUGAUCAACCACCAAUAAACACGUAUGAUGAUUUUAAGUUCAAGCCCUGAACGUACACAAAGUGAUAACAAUCUUGGUUUGAGCCCACCAAGUUAUGAUGAUGGUAAUAGUGGUGUUGGAGCUGGGGUUGGGGGGGUGGUAGUGGUGGUGGUGGAGGCGGCAGUGUAGAAUAUAAUUAUGGAUAUGACACAGGAACAUCUUUUGUAAAGGAUAUACAUCCUUCUGAUCCUUAUAGACUACAUGAGAUACCUAAAAAUGAUGACUUAGGUAUUCUUCUAGGGAACCAAUCUUCAUAACCCAGGAGAAGGAGUGCUCGUGGUGACCCUAGUGAUUCUACUGAAGAUUCAUAUGACGUGGUUCAUAGUUUGACGACUUUGGUUUAGAUGGUUCAUCAUCACAAUCAUAUGGAUCUCAUCCAGCAUAUCCACAUUAUGCAUCUUGUGACUCACAUUUUUAUCCUAGUGAAUCAGGAAACUCAGGAUCUAGUGAGUCUUCUUCUACACACUACCCAGAGCCAGCCCCUACCCCAACUUAUGGACAUUAUUCAGAAGGAUUUUCACCACCAGUACAUUUUCAAGAGCAACAACGAAAUGAUGCAAAUUUGGGUUUAUUCAACUAUGUAUUUCCACAAGGAUGGGGAGAUAAUUUCUCAUCCCAAUCUCAAGAUACAGAUGCAAAUUAUGAAGACCCUCCACGUCAUUCUUUUUGGUGGUGACAUGUGUUAUGUUAUAAAUUUGUAAUAUUGUAUUCAUGUAUUUUAAACUAUUUAUUGAUAUUUGAUAUUAAUCACUUUUUAAAUUCAUAUAUGUGUAAU